CUGUUUCAAUUUCCACGACCGGUCUGUUCCCGCUGUGUGGUAUUAUCGUGAAUCUGUUUGUAAUUCUCAAUGGCUCUGUUAAACUCGGCGCUUAAAAAAUGAUGACCAGGUACAAAGAGAGCCCCAGUUCGACCAUGUCCUUGUCUUUUUGUGGCAAUGACAACGACACGGCUGCCUACAAUGUGGACAAGGGGGUGCUCAACAACGGCUGUUUCGUGGACGCCUUGAAUGUUGUUCCCCAUGUGUUGCUGCUUUUCAUCACCUUCCCCAUAUUAUUCAUAGGUUGGGGAAGUCAGAGUUCCAAAGUCCACAUUCAUCACAGCACGUGGCUGCAUUUUCCUGGGCAUAAUUUGCGAUGGAUCCUCACGUUUAUCCUCCUGUUUAUCCUGGUGUGUGAAAUAGCAGAGGGGAUCGUUUCAGAUGGGUUUACUGACACACGUCAUUUGCAUCUCUAUAUGCCAGCUGGCAUGGGUUUCUUGGCUGCAAUAACAUCCAUCAUUUAUUACCACAACAUUGAAACGUCAAACUUUCCCAAACUAUUGCUAGCUUUACUGGUCUAUUGGAUCUUAGCAUUCAUUACAAAAACUGUCAAGUUUGCCAAGUUUUGUGAACAUGGCAUUGGUCUAAGUCAACUCCGGUUCUGUAUUGCUGCACUGUUGGCCAUAUUGUAUGGUAUGUUGUUGGCUGUGGAAGUCAACGUCAUCAGAGUACGGCGUUAUAUCUUCUACAAACAUUCACGAGAAGUGAAACCUCCUGAAGACCUGCAGGAUUUAGGUGUCAGAUUCUUGCAACCAUUUGUGAACCUACUGUCGAAAGGCACAUACUGGUGGAUGAACACCUUCAUAACAACAGCGCAUAAACGACCUAUUGACCUUAAAGCCAUUGGCAAGCUGCCUUUUGCUAUGAGAGCUGUGACCAAUUAUAUGCACCUAAAAGAUGCAUACGAAGCACAAAAGAUGAAAUCUACGGUCAGCCCUCAGGAUUCAAAGCUGAUCUGGCGUGUGCUGCGGCAGGCAUUUGGUCAUCCCAUUGUUCUCAGCAGUACAUUUCGCAUUCUGGCAGACUUGCUGGGUUUUGCAGGUCCACUCUGCAUCUCCGGGAUUGUGCAUCACCUGAGUGAUGAGAACAAGACCUUUCGUCCACAGGUAAAAUUGCUGGGCGUUUACUUCAUUUCCUCACAGGAGUUUUUGGCCAAUGCUUAUGUUAUCGCAGUCCUUUUGUUUCUUGCCCUUCUCUUGCAAAGGACAUUUCUUCAGGCAUCUUACUAUGUUGCUAUAGAAACUGGAAUUAAUCUACGUGGAGCAAUUCAGGCGAAGAUUUACAACAAGAUUCUUCGUUUGUCAACCUCAAACAUGUCCAUGGGGGAGAUGACCGUUGGGCAGAUCUGCAAUCUGAUUGCCAUAGAUACAAACCAGCUAAUGUGGUUUUUCUUUCUCUCUCCAAAUCUUUGGGCCAUGCCUGUGCAGAUAAUUGUAGGUGUGAUUCUUCUCUACUACCUCCUUGGUAUUAGUGCCUUAAUUGGAGCGACAGUAAUUGCAGUGCUGGCCCCAGUCCAGUACUUUGUAGCAACGAAAUUCUCUCAAGCCCAGCGAAGCACAUUGAAUUAUUCAAGUGAGCGUUUGAGGAAAACGAAUGAACUGCUGAGAGGAAUCAAGUUACUGAAACUCUAUGCUUGGGAGAAAAUCUUCCAUAAAAGCGUAGAAGAGACUCGACGCAAGGAGCUAACAAGUCUCAAGUCCUUUGCCCUCUAUACCUCCAUAUCUAAUCACCCUCCUGUGCACCAGCACAUCCCACCCCAGUACAUCAUUGCUGCUAUGGGCUUGAUGAAUAUCUUCCUAUUUGAUGUACUGCCAACAAUGUCCAAGGCACCUCCCAUCCUAAUUGUAAGCUCACAAGAACUCUCUGUUUUUAUGAAUGCAGCAAUACCCAUUGCAGCAGUCCUCACAACCUUUGUGGUUCACACCCACUUGUAUGAGAAUGCAGAUCUCUCGCCAGCAGUCGCUUUUGCUUCACUCUCUCUCUUCCACAUCCUGGUCACACCCCUCUUCCUGCUCUCCAGUGUGGUUCGUUCUACUGUCAAAGCUUUAGUGAGUGUGCAGAAACUGAGCGAAUUCUUCUCAAGUGAAGAAAUUGGAGAGGAUCACAGCAGGGUUGUGGUCCAGCUGAACAGUGAAAAUAGUAGCAAGUACCAGACUGUCCCCCUUAAAGUUAUUAACCGCAAACGGCCCAGCAAAGAGGAAUGGCACAAUUACGAGCCUCAGUCCAGACAGCAGAUAAGCUUCCCAGAAGGAGAUGAUGUUUUUAUAAAGGUGACAAAUGGAUUUUUUACCUGGACAUCUGAUGGAGCCCCUACAUUGUCUAACAUUGAAAUCAAGAUUCCUCAUGGACAGCUCACCAUGAUAGUUGGUCAGGUUGGCUGCGGCAAAUCUUCCUUGCUUUUGGCAAUUCUUGGAGAAAUGCAAAGAAAUUCUGGAAGUGUCUACUGGAACAGUGAGCGCAUGGAAGGAAAUAGCAGUGGUACGGAGGAAGACUCGACUGUUGAUGUUGAAGUGAGGAGAAGGAGUGCUGUGGCCUAUGCUGCACAGAAACCUUGGAUAUUGAACACCACUGUAGAAGAGAACAUCACCUUUGGAAAUCCAUUUAACAAACAGAGAUAUAAAGCAGUAAUUGAUGCUUGUUCACUUCAGCCAGAUAUUGACAUCCUUCCUCAGGGAGAUCAGACUCAAAUUGGUGAGAGGGGAAUUAACUUAAGUGGUGGACAACGUCAACGUAUUAGUGUUGCAAGAUCCCUGUAUCAGCAAACUAAUGUGGUAUUUCUGGAUGACCCAUUCUCGGCGCUGGACAUCCACCUGAGUGAUCACCUUAUGCAAGAUGGAAUUCUGAAGCUGCUUCAAGAGGAGAAACGGACUGUAGUGCUGGUUACUCAUAAGCUACAGUAUUUGCCUCAUGCAGACUGGAUUAUAGCAAUGAAAGACGGUACAAUUCAGAGAGAGGGAACCCUCAAGGAUAUCCAGAAUUCCGAUCCAGAACUAUUUGAACUUUGGAAAACACUAAUGAACAGACAGGAUCAGGAACUAGAAAAGGAGACAAUAGCAGAAAGCAAGACAGCAAUGGAAAGGAAAAACCUACGGAGAGCAAUGUAUUCGCGGGAGGCCCUUCUCAAAACGUUGCAAGAGACUGAAGACGAAGAAGAUACUACUGAUAGCGGUGAUGAUGACAAUCUUUCAUCUGUCUUGCGCCAGAGAGCAAAGAUGCCGUGGCGUGCCUGUGGGAAGUAUCUGAGCUCUGCAGGUUGUCUUUUACUGCCUCUCCUGAUCUUCUCGCAACUUUUCAAACACACAGUGAUGGUGGCAAUUGACUACUGGCUAGCAAAAUGGACCUCAGAUGCUAUUCAAUUUAAAAUUGAAGCAGAGAAAAGAAACUGCACCCUGAUCCAGGACUGUCGCUUCAAUCAUUCCUCCUACACAAUAGUGUUCAGCAUUCUGUGCUGCCUAGGGAUUGUCCUCUGCUUAGUUACCUCUAUUGCUGUGGAAUGGACAGGUCUCAAAGUGACCAAGGAACUACACAAGUGUUUGCUCAACAAGGUCAUCCUGGCACCCAUGAGGUUCUUUGAAACCACUCCUCUUGGAAAUAUACUAAAUCGAUUUUCUGCAGACACUAAUAUCAUUGACCAGCACAUUCCUGCCACUCUGGAGUGUCUCAGUCGAUCAACUCUUCUGUGUGUCUCUGCCUUGGCUGUGAUCUCGUAUGUGACCCCUGUAUUCCUUAUUGCCUUAGUUCCUCUCGCUGUGGCUUAUUACUUCAUUCAGAAAUACUUCAGAGUAGCAUCCAGAGACCUCCAGCAAUUAGAUGACAGCACACAACUUCCCCUGUUGUCCCAUUUUUCUGAAACUGUGGAGGGAUUAACCACAAUACGAGCCCUGAGGGAAGAAAAUCGCUUUAGGCAGCAACUGCUGGAGCUCACCGACACUAACAACAUUGCCUCCUUGUUCCUCACAGCUGCCAAUCGCUGGCUAGAAGUCCGUAUGGAGUAUAUUGGAGCCUGCGUAGUUCUCAUUGCAGCAGUGGCCUCUAUUACCAACUCGUUAUAUUAUGGACUUACAUCAGGACUUGUGGGUCUGGGACUGACCUAUGCACUUAUGAUUUCAAACUACUUAAACUGGAUGGUACGCAAUCUCGCUGAUAUGGAAGUGCAACUGGGUGCUGUGCAAAGAGUAAACAGUCUUCUUAAGAUUGAAACAGAAAACUAUGAGGGACUUCUAUCACCUUCCCAGAUUCCUCCAAACUGGCCAGACGAGGGUGAAAUUAAAAUUCAGAAUCUCAGCGUCCGGUAUGACAGCAGCCUAAAACCAGUGCUAAAGAAUGUGAAUGCUCACAUCAGCCCAGGACAGAAGGUUGGAAUCUGUGGACGAACUGGCAGUGGGAAGUCUUCCUUUUCUCUAGCCUUUUUCAGGAUGGUAGAUAUGUUUGAAGGGAGGAUAAUUAUUGAUGGAAUAGAUAUUUCCAAACUGCCACUGAACACUUUACGGUCCAGACUAUCCAUUAUUCUUCAAGAUCCUGUGCUAUUCAGCGGUUCAAUUCGAUUUAAUUUGGAUCCAGAGAAAAAAUGCACAGACAGUGUGUUGUGGGAAUCCCUGGAGAUCGCUCAGCUCAAACAUGUGGUGAAGGCGUUACCAGGAGGUUUAGAUGCUAUAGUUACUGAAGGAGGAGAAAAUUUUAGCUUGGGUCAGCGUCAACUGUUUUGCUUGGCGAGAGCUUUUGUACGCAAGAGUAGUGUGCUGAUCAUGGAUGAAGCUACAGCCUCAAUAGACAUGGCAACCGAAAAUAUUUUACAGAAGGUUGUGAUGACGGCCUUUGCAGAUCGGACAGUGGUGACCAUCGCUCACCGGAUUUCGCUAAUUCUGGACGCGGAUCAGAUUAUAGUCCUGUCAGAUGGCACAGUAGCAGAAAAUGAUACUGUAUCCAAUUUACUGAGCAGGAACAGCACAUUUGCCUUUUUAGUGAAGUCCAAUAAGUAGAGACUGGUCACAAACUGGCCUGCCGGGUUUGUAUGGGAAUGCAUCGAGUGCAUACCAUUCUGAAUGCAGACUUGGUGAUUGUGAUGAAAAGAGGAAUUAUCCUAGAAUAUGACACUCCCAGUAUACUCUUGGAAC